GUUGGACCUCAACCACCAGCAGUCAAAAGCAACCAUGAUGCAGCGUGCAACCUCCCUGGUGGCAGUCAACGCCCCAAAGCACGUCGCCGCAUUCAGCAAAGCAGCAGCUCUGGUAGAAACACCGCGUGGAGGUCCUAGCUCUGGAUCUGGUGCGAAGAUCGCAGGUCGCUCUCGCUUUUACAAAGCGGUUGGCAUCGAGGCGGAAGGCGACGGGUACUGCAUCACGUUGGACGGGAAGAAGGUACGCACGCCGAGUCGGUCGCUUCUUCAGCUGCCCACCAAGGCUCUUGCCGCCACGGUGGCCAUGGAGUGGGACGCGCAGCGCGAAGUGAUCCAGCCCACGACAAUGCCCAUCAUGACGCUGGCGUCCACGGCGUUGGACCAUUGGGACUUUGAGUUCAUCAUCGAAGAACUAAUGAAGUACUUGCAAACCGACACGAUUUGCUUUCCCGUGGAAAGCCAACACCAGGAAAAGCUAGCGACUCGCCAGGAAAAGAAGUGGCAGCCCCUGCGCAAGUGGUUUGAGACCGAGUUUGGUGGCGAACUCGACAUCAACUACGGCACGAUCACCAAGUUGCAGCACGACGCCGUGGCCGUCAACAAUGUUCGCACGUUUGUCGACUCGCUGGACCACUUUGAGCUGAUGGCCUUCCGUCUGAUUGUUCGCGAAUGCAAGUCGAUGGUGGUCGCGUUGGCUUUGUUUAAGCGGCAUAUCACUGCCAAGGAGGCGAUUGAAUUGGGUCGCUUGGAAGAAGAGUACCAGAUCGAACGAUGGGGACUGGUCGAAGGCGGGCACGACUUGGACCGUGUCAACUGCUCCGUGAAUGUGCACAGUGCAUCAUUCUUCUUGUGGCUGUUGAAGGAACGAAGCCCAUAAGUGCAGUCAAGCCUAUUCGAAGGAAUACUGCGGUAGCUCUGUUUAAUGUGAACCGACAUUCGAAAUGUAGCUCUACUAUACGUAUGGGUGCAGCUUGGUUCAUACAUGAUUGGUAGAAAACAAUCUAUAUGAAAUUU